AUGUCUGAUUUUGGCGACGAUGACGUCGGUGUUGGCGGCGACGAGCCUAUGCUCGAGGACGAGGAGGUCACCGAGUACUACGAUCCCGAGGUUGGAGAAGACGAGGAUGCCGAGCAAGGAGAGAAUGGCGACGACGCGGAUAAUGUCAUUGUUUCUGGAGACCCCUCUGCGGCUGCCAAUGCCCUCAAGAGCAGUGAGAAGUCGUUGAAGGACAAGAAGAUUCCCGAGGCCGAACGGACGACUACCCCCUACAUGACCAAGUAUGAACGAGCGCGUAUUUUGGGCACCCGCGCUCUGCAGAUUAGCAUGAAUGCGCCCGUGUUGGUAGAUCUUGAAGGCGAGACCGACCCGCUCCAGAUUGCGAUCAAGGAGCUUCGCGAGAAGAAGAUUCCCUUGAUUGUUAGGCGAUAUCUGCCUGAUGGCUACUACGAGGACUGGACGUGCGAGGAACUGCUGCAAUAA